GUUUUGCAGUUCGCGCGCGCUCGUCUCCGUCCAUGCUGCUCGCGUUCGACUCGUCGUACAUCUACCCUCAUACUCUGAACUGACAUUCGAGUCAUGAGUGAACGUGUGGCGAGAGUGAUGACUCACCGGCGACCCCUUCGGGUCACUCCGCGAUUGAUCGACUUGAUUUGUUGUGUGGUGUCGGUCGUGUUGUUCAUUCUGCCGAUGCCCGUGGCGUUCGUGAUAGACAACCCACCUCAGUUGAUGUUUGCGAAUCAGAUCGAUAUCCGACGCGUCGAGGCAAACAACAAGACGUCGAGCCCGAUCGUCAGCAACCUCCUCGACGUCGAGUCGCUCGACUUCGACGUCGUCAACAACCGCGUCUACUGGACCGAUGUGCGUCUGAAGAGGAUCAGUCGUGCAUUCGUCAAUGGUACGAGCGUGGAGGAGGUGCCACUUCGAGAAGCACAUGAACCUCAGGCUCUUAUUAUCGACUGGAUUGGUCACAAUGUUAUCUGGAGUGACAAAGACCCAAGACUUGAUUCUUCAAUUGGAAUGGGAAGACUUUGGAUGAUGACUAUUGAUGGGUACUACAUCCGUGCAAUUUUAUGGAAAAAUGUCGGUAGAGUGAGGGGACUUGCUGUUGAUCCAAAGACAGGUUUUAUCUUUUUGUUGGAUGAAAACAAGAUGACAAUUGAAAAAGUUUUGCCUGAUGGAUCCAAUCGCUCAGUCGUAUGUAGAGAUGUCUCAGGUGUUGGCUUGACCAUAGACUAUGAAGAACGUCAGAUCUACUGGACAGAUCCAAACACAAAUAGCAUUAAAUUUGCUGAUCUUAGCGGCUUAAACAAAAGGACUUUGAUUGAAAAUUCCAGACAACUUGUUUUUCCAUAUGCUAUCACAACACUGGGCAAGUAUGUGUACUGGACUGACAUGCAUAAACGGGCUGUGCUGGUGGCUCAGAAAACUAAAGGGAAACAGAAAUCGAUUAUAGAGGACUCGGUGCUGUCACCGUAUGAUAUUGCAGCAUUUGAUAAAGGCAGACAGCCAGACUUUCACACAGAAUGUGGCAUGGGACAGUCUGGCUGCAGUCACUUCUGUCUUAGUAUACCACCCGACUAUAAAUGUGCUUGCCCUACUGGAGUCAAGCUUUUGUCUGAUGGGAAGACGUGUAAUAAUGGUCUUGAAAAGUUUCUUGUAUAUGCAAGACGCGGAGACAUUCGUGUUCUAUCCUUAGAUGUUCCUCUGGAUGAGACCAUUGAUGUCAUUCUUCAACUCAACACAACAGAUGCUAUUGAUGUUGACUAUGAUGUUGUAGAUGAUCGUAUCUAUUGGAUAGACAACCAAGAAGGCAAAGCUGUAAUAGGAAGAGGGAAAAAUGACGGUUCUGCAUAUGAAGUAGUAGUUAAUACAUUGGGAGCUGCUUUUAAUGGUGUGGCUUUUGACUGGAUUAGUCGCAAUAUUUACUGGAUGGACACACUUUUUGAUCGUCUGAUGGUUUCUCGUUUGGAUGGGACAUUUCAGAAGACGUUGAUAACAACAGGAUUGGAUGCACCACGAGCAGUCGUAGUAGAUCCCAAUAAUGGUUACAUGUAUUGGACAGAUUGGGGUCGUUGGCCAAGAAUUGAGAAGGCUUGUCUUGAUGGGUCAAAUAGAACUGUACUAAUUGAUUCUCAAAUAAAGUGGCCAAAUGGACUCACGAUAGAUUACGAAGACAGGCGCUUGUAUUGGGUUGAUGCUUACAGACGUGUCAUGUCAUCUUCUGAUUUAUGGGGAAAGGAUCAGUAUACAUUGAGCAACAUUGAUCUUUCCCAUCCAUAUGGAUUGACUAUUGUUGGAAAUCACAUCUAUUGGACUGACUGGAAUCGAAGAAAUAUCCAGAGAGUCGAUAAGAAGUCUGGUAGUGGUCAAGAAGUUGUCCUGGAUUCAGUAAUCGAUAUCAUGGGUCUACAAGGUGUUGACAAAAGGAGGCAGAAGGGCUCAAAUGCAUGUUCAACUAAAAAUGGUGGCUGCAGUCACUUGUGCCUACCUCGACCUGGAGACCGAUCGUGUGCUUGCCCUAAUGGAUUUGUAUUCAUUGAUGCUCAGAAGACACAGUGCCAGGCUUCAACUCCGGCUGUGUUAUACACUCAUUUUACUGUUGAAACGGGUGACAUCCACAGUGUUCCGAUUACUGCUAAUUCUCGGGGAAAGUCUCUGGUUACCUUAAGUACUGUGAUCAACCCAGUUGCUGUUGCCUACGACAUCGUUGAAGGAAAAUUCUACUGGAGUGAUGCAACGAGAAAUGAAAUUAGAAGGGCAAACUUGGAGGGGACACUUGAGAUGGAGUUGAUUGUGCGAUUUGGAUCAGCAAAUCCAGGUGGACUGGCUGUAGAUUGGAUGGGACGAAGUAUCUACUGGACGGUUUUCAAUAGUGAUCGUAUUGAUGUUGCCAAGUUGAAUGGAGAGUUAAGGACACCUUUUAAGUGGAGAGACAUCACUAAACCAAUGGCUCUCACAGUUGAGCCACAAGAAGGAUUGCUUUACUGGUCAACCAACACCAACACACCACAAAUCCAGUCAGCUCAACUCAAUGACUCAUCAAAAGUUGAUACCAUUGCAACACUUGCAAAAGGAGAAAGUCCGAGUUGUCUGACCAUUGAUCAUUCCACUCGUCGGCUUUUCUGGACGGACGAGUACCAUGUCUAUGUAGUUAAUUUAAAUGACAAGUUUCGAGUAAAGGUUGCAGUUCUUCAAGUGAAACAGGGACUAAGCCUAAGACCAUCUGGCAUAUCUUUCUUCAAUGGCAAACUUUAUUGGGCAAAUUUGGAAACAGAAAAGGUUGAAUACGCAGUCACAGAGUUAACUAAUGAGCUAAAGAAUGUGAAGGCAUUGAGUACCAUCCCUGGUUUGACAAAUGAUAAUAAUAUUGUUGAUGUGACUGUUGUGGACUACUCGUUGCAAGAAAGCAUCAAUCAGUGCUCAGCAAGGAAUGGAGACUGCUCACACUAUUGCUUAUCGAGACAAGGAAAUAAGUUUCAGUGUGGUUGUCCAUUGUAUAUGGAGAUUGAUUAUGCAAAUGUGAGAUUGAACUCUGUCUGUAGAGUGCCUCAAUCAUUGCUGGUAUAUGCUGCUGGGAAGUCAGUGUAUUUCGUAAAUUUGACGGCAUCUUCGGCAAUUCAGAAUCAAUCUGAUCCUCCUUUUCUGCUUGAUGUCAAAUCUGACAUUGUGAAGAUUGAGCUCGAUAUGGAGAACAGUCGUAUAUUUUGGAUUGAUAAGAAUGGACGGUUGUAUGGGUCGAUGUUGGAUGGAACAGACUGGAAAGUGUUGGUGCGAGCCGGAAAAGUGUUUGAUAUGGCUGUUAAUCAUGUUACAGGACAGGUGUUUUACACAAAUGAGGAAUCGGACACAAUUGAAGGUGUUUCACCCCAUGGCUCAUCAAUUGGUGUCAUCAUUGAUUCUCAGCAGCUUCAUCCAAGAUCACUUGCCCUUGACUCAAAUACUGGUUUACUGUACUGGACUGACUGGGGAAUGGUACCAUCCAUACGAAAAGCAGAAUUAGAUGGACGAAACCAUCGUCAGCUGAUUAGUACAAAGCUCACGACUCCAACAAGGUUGACAUUAGAUGUCAGUCAAGCUAUUCUGUACUGGACAGAUAUGGAUCGCAGUGUCAUUGAGGCAUGUGAUGCAGCAGGCAACAACAGACGGACAGUGCAGCAUGUGGUGAUGAAUGUGUUUACUGGACUGGCUGAGGGUGGGAAGUAUUUGUACUACACUGUACCAAGAAAUGGGUCGAUAAUGCGUCUCAAUAAGAGUCUUGAUGCAAGCAGUUUGACAUUGACUAAGGGUUUGCAGAUCCGGGUAGGAUUGGUGAAUGUGUCAGAUAUUGUCAUAUAUGAACACAAACGACUACCAGUUAAUCCCUGUUCUGAGAGUAAUGGCAAUUGUAGUCAUUUGUGUAUUCCAACUGCUGAUGGUGGCCAUCGCUGCGCUUGUCCUGUCAAUCGAAAGUUACAAGAGAAUCAACUUACAUGCUCAGGUCCAACUUGUCCAGGCAGUGAUGAAGUGUUGUGCAGUGAUAACAGCAAGUGUAUUUUAAGAAAACAGGUGUGUGACGGUAAACCUCAGUGUCAGGAUGCCUCAGACGAAGAAUCAGGAUGUCUUUGUCAUGAGAAUGAAUGGAGAUGUCCAUCUGGUAAAUGUAUCUUGUCAUCUGCAAAGUGUGACCUUUAUCCCGACUGCCCCAAUGACUGGGACGAGCAUCAUUCUAACUGUCCUUGUCGAGAAGGUUUCAAGCAUUGUGAAGCUGGAGGAGAGUGUAUUGAGAAGGUGCUGUUUUGUGACGGGACACCCGACUGUCGAGAUGAAUCAGAUGAAGCGAACUGUGAUCAGAAGAAUUUAACUGUUUCACCAGUGCCUGUUGAUGAGUCAUCAUCGUCAUCGUCUUCAUUACUUGGACUCAUUGUGUCAUGUGUUACUGCUGGAGUUCUCUUUCCAGUUGUUAUUAUCUUUAUUGUGGUCAAGUGCAAGCUGAUGGGUCACAGAAAGUAUGUCUUCCCUCCAGCCCCAAGUGAUAAUGGGUGCUCAACAGCAAGCCAUGCACAAGACAGUAGUUAUGGUGGAAGUAGACUGACAGAGUCGAUUUUGCUGGAGAAAAUGCGAAUGGAACAGGACAUGGAAGGACUGUCUGUGUAUGCUGAAGGGUUGCUUCCGUUUCCAGGCAUGCCCUGUAUCACUGUAGCACCAACAGAUGGCGACACAGCAUUUUCUAUGCCACCUCCAAUGGGUGGACCAAUGGAGGAGAAGUCUGAAUAUCUAUAUGAUCCACCACCAUCUGUAGUUUCUGGAAUGGAAAGUAUGUUUUCAGCAGAGUCAUCACAUGUGGCUAAUACAACAAGACAUAGACAGAAAUCAUCUGGAUCUCGUUAUCGACAUCGAAAUCGGAGUAACUCUUCAGACUAUAGACCACCUGUUCCUUGUCCAUCUACUGCUCAGGGCCACUCAUCAGAAGGGGACACAGAGGGAUCGUCGGAUGAGGAAAGCAGUCGAUCGAGAAUGUCCAGAAGGUCAAAGACUAAGCCGUCUAUGUCUCCUCCUCCUUCAGUUCUUUCAGGCUCUCGUUUUGAUACUGACUGGAGUUGUGCUCCAUCCCUAGCCACUGUUGGUGAUCUCUGCCCUCCCCCACCUCCAACAGUUGUUUCAGACUUUACCGAAACAGCUUGUUAGAGUCACAGGAUCAUCGAACUUGUGUAAAGCUUGCAGCCCUGCGUUUGAUCAUGAUGUCUUUAUUAUCUGUGUUGGUGUAGUUUUAAGAGUAAGGCGAGAUACUUAGGUAUUGUAUUGAAGUAAGGACUCUAUGAUGUCACACUUUGGGUUAGGAGUGGACUUUUCAGAGUAGCACCAUUGUAAAGUGGAUCACAUUCACACUAGACUCUUGAUAUAUUGUACAAUACAAAACAUAUUUUUGUAAUUAAUGGUA